AGAGAUGCCGCUCUGAGGGGGGCCCUGCCUCCCGCCCGCUGAAGCCCCCUCCAUGGUACUCACUCUCCUGGUUUCUGCCUACAGAUUCUGCCGCUUAGCCAUGUCCGGCGCGGAGACGCUGGCGGUCGUGCUCCCCGGCCGCUCGAGCCAGUGGUCAGAGGGCCUGGCGGGGGCUGAAGACAUCUCCCCCAGCAUGAGCACUGCCAUCCAGGCCACCCUGAACAGGCUCCUGCCACAUCUGCACCAGGCCAUCUCCUCCACCAAGCAGGCGGCCGGCCCUGAGGACCGCCAGGCGGGCCUGGCCGAGAUCCUGGCCAUGGUGGAGGAGGCGUGGGUCAUGCCGGCCGUGGGCAGGGAGGUGGCCAAGGGGCUCUGCGAUGCCCUGCGCCUGGAGGGAGGCCUGGACCUGCUGCUCUCCUUGCUCCAGUCAGAGGACCUGGAGACCAAGUGCCAGGCGGGCGAGCUGCUGGAGCAGGUGCUGGUGGCCGAGAACAGGAACCGCAUGGCACGUAUCGGGCUGGGGGUGAUUCUGAACCUUGCCAAGGAGCGGGAGAGCCUCCCCUUGGCCCGGAGCACCUCGGGCAUCCUGGAGCACAUGUUCAAGCACUCGGAGGCGACCUGCCUGCAGCUGAUCUCUGACGGCGGCCUCGACGCCAUCCUCUACUGGUGCCGCUGGAACGAGCCCACGCUGCUGCGCCACUGCGCCACGGCCCUGGCCAACUGCGCCAUGUACGGCGGCCAGGCCAACCAGCGGCUGAUGGUGGAGAAGAAGGCGCCCGAGUGGCUCUUCCCCCUGGCUUUCUCCAAGGGCGACGCCCUCAUCCAGUUCCAGGCCUGCCUGGCUGUGGCGGUGCUGGCCACCAACAAGGAGAUCGAGAAAGAGGUGGAGCGCUCGGGGACGCUGGCCUUGGUGGAGCCCUUCAUCGCCUCCCUCAACCCGGCGCACUUCGCCCAGACCCUGCUGGGCAGCAGCGACACCAGCCAGGGUAGGACGGCGGACGACCUGAAGUACCUGGUGCCCUUGCUGGACAGCUCCCGCCCCGAGGCCCAGUGCAUCGCCGCCUUCUACCUGUGCGUGGAGGCGGCCAUCAAGGCCAGCCAGAAGAAGACCAAGAUUUUCUCAGAGAUCGGGGCCGUCCAGAGCCUGAAGAGGAUCAUCAGCUACUCGCCCCCGGGCACCACCUCCACACUGGCCAAGCGGGCCCUCUGCACCAUGGGCGAGGAGGUGCCCAGGCGGCUCUUGCCUGCCGUGCCCAACUGGAAACCCCUGGAUGUGGAGAAAUGGCUGCAGCAGAUUGGCUUCACCGCCUACUGCAAAAGAUUCCUGGAAUUUGAGGUGGACGGUGAUUUGCUGCUGAGGUUGACAGAACAGGACGUGGACUGUGGCCUUGACAUGUACCCCAGCAUCAUUCGCAAGCGGUUCCUCCGUGAGCUGACGGAGCUUAAAACCUACGCCAGCUACUCUAGCUGCGACCGCAGCAACCUGGCCGACUGGCUGGCCGGCGUGGACCCCAAGUUCCGCCAGUACACCUACAACCUGGUCACAUGCGGCAUUGACCGGAACUCGCUGCACCGCGUCACUGAGGAGCAGCUGAAGGAGGACUGCAACAUCACCGUGGGCUUCCACCGCGUCCGCAUCCUCUCUGCAGCCCGCGAGAUGCUCCACUCCCCUUUGCCGUGUAACAGCGGAAAAUCCACCUCUGAGGGGACAGAUGUUUUCAUCAGCUAUCGGAGAAACACCGGAUCCCAGCUGGCCAGCCUUCUCAAAGUCCACCUGCAGCUGCACGGCUUCAGCGUCUUCCUGGAUGUGGAGAAACUAGAGGCUGGAAAGUUCCAGGACAAGCUGACUCAAAGCGUGAUGAGUGCCCGGAACUUCGUGCUGGUGCUCUCCAGCCAUGCUCUCGACAGGUGCAUGGGAGACGAUGAAUCGAAAGACUGGGUGCACAAGGAAAUUGUCAGUGCCCUGAAUGGUGGCAAAAACAUCAUCCCGGUGACGGAUCAUUUCGAGUGGCCGGACCCAGCGCAGUUCCCGGAGGACAUGAGAGCCAUCCUGAAAUUCAACGGCAUCAAGUGGUCGCACGAGUACCAAGAGGCCACGAUCGAAAAGCUCAUCCGCUUCCUACAGGGCCGCUCAUCCCGGGACUCGUCCGCCGGCUCGGAGAACAGCCUGGAGUGCGCCCCUCCUCUGGGGCAGACCUAGGGGCUGGAAGGAGCUGCCCCCAACUGCUCUCUGCUGAGUGGAGG